CCUCUCAAGUCUCAACGUCCAUCGCUACUAACCGACUAGUUGCAGCUCGCGAUCGAAUCGGGAAGCGGGAGGGACACCAACCAAAAAGAAAAUAAAGUCCAGGGAGACAAUCCAUCCUCCACGAUCAACGUCAUCCAUCCCUCGAUAUACACAGGCUCCAUAUUAACCCCAGGGACCAUCGUGCCCGGUCUCGCUCUCUGUCCCCUUCACGACGCCUCCAAGAGAAAAAUUUGGAACCAUGGCGGAAACUGUUUCCAGAGCCGACUUGGAAGGGGCCGCCGCUAAUGAUCCCCCACCGUCCACGGCACCCUUGAUGUCCGCUCCACAACUUGCAACUCAGAGCACCACCCCUUUGGUACCGGCCCAUGGUGGUGACUUUUCGGACUCAGACGAGGCAGAAGGCGACGAAGACUUCUCGGAUUAUGCAGAGGACUUUGCGAGCGAUACAACGUCGUUGAACUCUGAAAUCACCGCAUACCGGUUCGAGAAUGGUCGCCGCUACCACGCCUACAAGGACGGGGCUUACUGGGGCCCCAAUGACGAGAAGCAAAAUGAGCAAUUGGAUAUUGCUCACCACAUGUUUACGCUGCUACUCGAUGGCAGGCUGCUACUCGCACCGAUCAGUGACAAUAUUCAGAGGGCGCUGGACGUUGGCACCGGUACGGGGAUUUGGGCCAUCGACUUUGCGGACGAGUAUCCCUCGGCACAAGUGAUUGGUACUGACCUCUCGCCCAUACAACCUGGUUUCGUUCCACCCAAUCUCCAGUUCGAGAUCGACGACGCGACGGAAGAGUGGAUGUACCCAGAGAACCAUUUUGACUUGGUCCACGUACGUGCCAUGUAUGGGGCUAUCGCAAAUUGGCCCGCGUUCUAUCGCAGUGCUCUCGACCGUCUGCGGCCCGGAGGCUGGUUUGACCAACUCGAGAUGUCCAUCCAAUUUACAUCGGACGAUGGCACCGUGACCGAUGACCAUAUCCUGGCGAUCUGGUCCAAGACCUUCAUCGAGGCCGGCGAGAGGUUUGGUAAGACCUUCCGCAUUGCCGAUCUUGCGAAAGGGUAUAUGCAGGACGCUGGCUUUCAGAACGUGACCGAAGAACGAUUCAAGAUCCCCGUCGGCCAGUGGAGCAAGGACAAAAAGCUGAAGAAACUAGGCAUGUGGAACUUGGUCCACUGUGAGCAGGGAAUUGAGGGAUGGGCCAUGGCGUUGCUGACGAGAGUCAUGGGGUGGAGCUAUCCCGAGGUGCAAGUCUUCCUGGUCCAGAUGCGUAAAGGGCUCCGGGACCCGAACACGCACGCCUACUUCAAUGUCGUCGGGGUGUACGGCCAAAAGCCUACGAGUGCUUAUUAAACUUUGGGGACGCAGCGUACCGCGGCACCGCUGGCAGAGAUGGGGGACCGAUCAAAUGCACCAUGCA